AUGCCACUAGUGAAAUCACCCUUUAAGUCCAAUUUUGAAUUGAACUUUUACCGUUACUAUUUCUUGAUUCACAUACCCAUCACCAUCCUCAUCGACUCAUGUGUCGUCAUAACGCUACCGUUUGAAUCCAUUCAAAGUUUGAUCAAAUGGCAUAUCAAGGAAAACAACGAUUUCUUACUCUUUGAAAAACCUAAAUGGUUGUAUUGGUUUGUCAUUUUGGAAUUAAUCUUCCAGUUGCCUCUCUUCUUUUACUUCAUUUAUAAGUUAGGCAAUGCGUAUACAGACAAGUCAGCUUUAAAUGAAACCAGGAAACACGAUAUCGAUCCCAAUACUACAGGACUGACCACUUUGUUGAAAUAUUACGGCUGGAACGCAUCGCUGACUUCGUUAUUUUGUAUCUUUGUGGUCCUGUAUCGUGGAUACUAUCCAGCGACCGCUACACAUCUGGAAAUGUACCCAAUGGACAAAUUGAAGCUGGCAUUCUACUACUUCCCAACAUUCAUUAUUCCAUUCAGAUUGUGUCUUCUAUAG